CACGGUGGUCCUGGGUACGAGCAGAAAAGACCUUUGACCCAAAAAGCAGAGCACUCCAAAGAAACCGUGGGGAUCGAUUUGCAGCGGCGAAGGAGGCUGAAAAUCAGCGCAAACGUCUGAGAAAGUUCGUCUGAAGAAUUGCUCAGAUCUGAGCUAGCUGACAUCGCAGGAGAACCAUGGGAUCCAACUGGCAGCCCACGCGACCACGCGGCCCGAUCGCGGCCAUGUACCACAGCCCCGGGCCCAAGUACAUGGUGCCGGGCAGUACAGGACACACCCAGACUUUCGCUACAGGUGCGAAGAAACACGACCCGACCCGUAAGCUGGCUCCGGCCUACAGCUUCGGCAUCCGACACAACAAGUAUAGCAACGACUGUAGCCCGGGUCCAGGCUACCUGGUGCCGUCCAACAUCCUCCGUCAGGGGAAGGAUGGGACCCCACAUUACUCCCUGUACAGCCGGCCGAAGGACAUCACCAUGUUCAGCACACCUGGCCCAGGUGCGUACGCUCCCGAGAAAUCCGGCCGCUCCGCGUCUCGUACAGCCCCAGCGUACUCUCUCUCGUCCCGAACGCGAGGCUUCAAGUUCGACAACACGCCGGCGCCCAAUGCCUACUCCCUGCCGGCCGUGGUUGGACCGAAGGCUGUCGGGAAGACCUCGGCACCGAACUACUCGCUGACGAGCCGGCAGAAAAUUGGCAGUUUCCACGAGGACUUACAGAAGACCCCAGGACCAGGCACGUACAGAGUAACGGACCCCAACAUCAACCGUGGCCGAGCUCCGCUCUACUCGAUGACCGGAAGAAACCAGAUGCCGGGCGACACCACCAAGAAACCGGGCCCUGGCGCACACAGCCCAGAAAAGGUGUAUCAAAACGCCAAGAGAAAGCCGCCAGAAUUCUCAUUCGGAAUUCGGCACUCCGAAUACAUAGCACCCCUCAUCGUUGAUCCCUCCUACUAACACAUGGCGUUUGUGUAAGCACGGGUGACCAUGCACAAGUUGCAGUACCCACAACACUCUUUUGGAAUCCGUCACUCUGAGUACAUUGCACCACUCAUCAUUGACCCAGUGGAGUAGCCAAUCACAACGAGCCAGCAGUACAAACCAACCAAUGAGAUCUAUCCUUUCACAUCUAUCACCUGGGAGCCCAGCCAAUGGGAUCCAUUCAUACAUACUUACAAGCAGCCAAUCACUUUUUAGCUUAGUGACCAGCUUUGCUGGUGUGACCUUUCUUCAGUGUUAUAUUUUACCUCAGUUCAGUUGUUAAUACUGUCAACAGCAAAAAAAGAUUAUAUAUUCGUCAGGAUUCUUUUUUAGUAUGGGUGCAGCCAUGUUCCCAUUUUUUCUUUAUUUUGUCUUUGUCUAUUUCAUUUGUCUAGAGGAAUAUGAAAUUAUCAUGAUUUGACAAUGUGUGAAAAAGAUUAUUCACAGUUACAAUACGAUACUGCACAAUUAGCAACAUCAUACCUUAGGAUGACCUCAUGUAAUUUCUAUAUUUUUGCCAACGAGAUUCGGUUUUUCCUUAUUUGCUGCUUUUAAUUUUUCGUUAUUCAAGAAGAUUGGCUAUCUCAGAAUAUUUGUUUUAUUUUGUUGAUUGUAUUAAAAGAGAAAGCUUCAUACAGAUGUACAUAUUUUGUAAGGAAAGUUUUCCCAGUUGUUGAUUUGGUAAGCGUAAACAAUCUCAGUGAAGAUAACAGAAAUAAAUGUGAUAGAAAUGGCUUGUCCAGAUACCUGAGAAAUGGCUAUUAGUGACAAAUGUACUGUAGUUGUCAAUGGAGUUCAAUUUCUUGUCAUCAAACUUUUGGGACUUUGUAAAGGUGAAAAUAAGGGAUUCUAUAGUCACAGUGAAAUAUCAUCAUCCAAACUUCUUAUUCCUUGUUUAUUUUCAGCUUUUUGUUAUGAUAAACUGUGUGACAUUGCAGUAAGACGCAUUUCAGUUAAAAUUUCUCUGUAUGUAAUUACAGUAACAGAUAUGCAGCUAGUACAAUUCUGGUGUUAUAAAAAAUAGAGCUGUCAAAAAUGGUUUUAAAAAAAGAUUGUAUAUUUUUUACUAUCAAAGCGUAAGGGCUAAACAACAUAUCAAGGCAUCCAAGAAGUUCAGUGUGACAAAAAAAAUGUUAAUCUAUUCAAAACUAUUCAAAAAGAAUGUUUGUGUGUUUGUCACGUGUGUGAAAAAAUCAAACAUGGCCGCCAACAUCAGAUAGAAUACUAUGCAGUGUGCCGCCAUCUUUUAUUUUGCUUGUUAUGUCUUAUAACAAAGGGGUCAAAUUCUCAAGGGCAAAUGUGGUCUCAGAACAAAUAAAAAGGUCUACGAGAAAUUUCGAAGCCAAGGAAAAAUAUUUUCCACAACAGUCUAUGCAAAUAACAGGUAUUUACUACAUAAAGUGCGCUGCUGCUGUGCAAAUGUGCCAUUUUUGUUGACCCAAAAAAACUUUUUGGUGGAAAAGGGGUGAAAUUGUCCAGGAGAAUUUGGUUCCCGAUAUUAACGGUUUGUAUUUUCUCCACUCCUCUUGCCCUAAUAUGGUCUGGUGGUGAUUUAGUGUAUAUUUGAUAGGAAUACCAAUAAAACCUUCCUCAAUAUAAACCCUA